AUGAGGUCAAAUGUCAACUUUGAGUGCUACCCGGAGUCGAACGUCAACUACCGAUCCCUUCCCCAGAACCUACCUCCUACAGCGUGUCUACCUCCUCCCAAAGAACCUAUCCCUUCCUCAGAACCUACCUACUUACCUCUUGUCUACCUCCUACCCUGUGACUACCUCCUCCCAAAGAACCUAACCCUUCUUCAGAACCUACCUCCUACCCCGUGUAUACCUCCUCACAAAGUACCAAUCCCUUCCUCAGAACCUACGUCCUACCCUGUGUCUACCUCCUCCCAAAAAACCUAUCCCUUUCUCAGAACCUACCUCCUACUCUGUGUCUACUUCCUCCCAAAGAGACUAUCCCUUCUUCAGAACCUACCUCCUACCCUGUGUCUACCUCCCUUCAAAGUACCAAUCCCUUCCCAAGAACCUACCUCCUACCCUGUGUCUACCUCCUCCAAAAGAACCUUUCCCUUCCUCAGAACCUACCUCCUACCCCGUGUAUACCUCCUCACAAAGUACCAAUCCCUUCCUCAGAACCUACCUCCUACCCUGUGUCUACCUCCUCCCAAAGAACCUAUCCCUUUCUACGAACCUAACUCCUACCUUGUGUCUACUUCCAUCCAAAGAGACUAUCCCUUCUUCAGAACCUACCUCCUACCCCGUGUAUACCUCCUCACAAAGUACCUAUCCCUUCCUCAGAACCUACGUCCUACCCUGUGUCUACCUCUUCCCAAAGAACCUAUCCCUUUCUCAGAACCUACCUCCUACCCCGUGUAUACCUCCUCACAAAGUACCUAUCCCUUCCUCAGAACCUACCUCCUACCCUGUGUCUACCUCUUCCCAAAGAACCUAUCCCUUCCUCAGAACCUACCUCCUACCCUGUGUCUACUUCCGUCCAAAGAGACUAUCCCUUCUUCAGAACCUACCUCCUACCCUGUGUCUACCUCCCUUCAAAGUACCGAUCCCUUCCCCAGAACCUACCUCCUACCCUGUGUCUACCUCCUCCCAAAGAACCUAUCCCUUUCUCAGAACCUACCUCCUACCCUGUGUCUACUUCCUCCCAAAGAGACGAUCCUUUCUACUGAACCUACCUCCUGCCCUGUGUCUACCUCCCUUCAAAGAACCUAUCCCUUCCUUAGAACCUACCUCCUGCUCUAUGUCUACCUCCUCCCAAAGAACCUAUUCUGCCUCAGAACCUACCUUCUACCCCGUGUCUACCUCCUCCCAAAGAGCCUAUCCCUUCCUCAGAACCUACCUUCUACCCUGUGUCUACUUCUGCCCAAGAGACUAUCCCUUCUUCAGAACCUACCUCCUACCCUGUGUCUGCCUCCCUUCAAAAACCUACCUCCUACCCUGUGUCUACCUCCUCCUAAAGAACCUAUCCCUUUCUCAGAACCUACCUUCUACCCUGUGUCUACUUCCUCCCAAAGAGACGAUCCUUUCUUCAGAACCUACCUCCUGCCCUGUGUCUACCUCCUCCCAAAGAACCUAUCCCUUCCUCAGAACAUUCCUCUUACCCUGUGUCUACCUCCUCCCAAAGUACAUAUCCCUUCCUCAGAACCUACCUCUUAUCCUGUGUCUACUUCCUCCCAAAGAACCUAUCCCUUCCUUCUUAGAACCUACCUCCUGCUCUAUGUCUUCCUUCUCCCAAAGAAUCUAUUCUGCCUUAGAACCUACCUCCUACCCCGUGUCCACCUCCUACCAAAGUACCUAUCCCUUCCUCAGAACCUACCUCCUACCCCCUGUCUACCUCCUCCCAAAGAACCUAUCCCUUCCUCAGAACCUACCUCCUACCCCGUGUCUACCAUCUCCCAAAGAACCUAUCCCUUCCUAAGAACCUACCUUCUUCCCAGUGACUAA